AUGACCACCGCGCAGCAGGCGCUCAAGACGCACAUGAUCCCGCUGACCUCGAUGGCCGCGCGGGCCGGCGACAUCGCGCAGGAGGACGCCCGCGGCGACACCACGACGCGAGACGACAUCAUCACCACGGCCAUGCGCUACCUGGAGACGGACACGCUGCUGUGUUGGGUGCCGGAGAAGAAUGCCUACGCUGUGGAGGACGCGGAUGCGGACGGCGCCGGGGACAAGCGCGAAAGCCUGCGCGAGAUGCAGGUCCGCGUGGCUAGCGACAUCAUCGCCUUCCUGAGCACCAAGGUCUGGCCCGGCGUGGACAUCAAGCCCAUCCUCGACGCGGACAGUAUCCUCCCGGUCUCACAAUCGCAGGCAACCAAGGACAUCAUCAAGCAGUGGAUUUCGGGGCUGCAGGCGUACGACCUCGCUGCGCUUGAGCGGGGGAUUCUCGCGUCGAAGAGCCUCCUGGUUGCUGUCCGGCUGGUUGUGGAGUGGAGCGAGAACUUCCGUCACGUCCAGCGGCCGGGCCAGAAGAGGUUUGGUAUCGAGGAGGCGGCCGAGGCGUCGAGUUUGGAGGUCAAGUGGCAGACGGAUAUGUGGGGUGAGGUCGAGGAUACCCAUGACGUGGACAAGGAGGAUUUGAAGCGACAGCUCGGCAGCGUCAUUGUGGUCGUGAGCGGAGAGACGAACUAG